GGGGGGGGGCAAUGGGCGCCAAGGACAUUGAUUCGUCAACAACGGCAGGGGGCUUUGUUUCUUGUUCAACACAUCCCAGUCCGGGUGGCUCCUUUAACUUUCCUUUCCCAAGAUCCGCCGUGCCGUUCAAGGAUGGGCGAGCAAAUCGUGGCUCCGCCCGAACUUUGCCGCUUGGUACGCUAUUCAGUCAUGUGAUAUCUUGGAGGGUGAGCAGCGAUGCGGACUGGCUGAUGCAUUUCGACAUGCUGGUGCGAGGGUUACAGACGGAAAGAGGGUAUAUGUGUGUGCAAUAGAGAAAAGGGCAUCUGUAGCAGAUAUUGCUGCUGGCUGUGCCGGCUUUUGCAAGGUUCGCGGGUUCGCGUGCAUUAAAUGAUUGCAAUCUACUGCCACGCGAGGGCAUUAAUAAUGCGAGUGUGGCCUGAUUGC